AUGAACUCUGGGGAGGAAUCGGCCAUUGCAGACAUAUUUGGGGCCAUCACAAGGAAGAAACAGCAAAGGGGCAAUGACAGCAGCAAUAACAAGAACAACAACAAAAAUAGUGGGAACAUUAGUGGGAAUAGCGGUACGGUGCAGAGCGGCACAAGCAAGAACUCCGACAAACCGACUGGUGACGGUCUGUACCAUGCACCAGAGAAGACGCUCGAGUUGAGUGAUGCGGCCUUCUUCGACUUAUCGUCACUGCGACAAAAGGGGUGCAAGAAGAAGAAGUCGACGACUACUGAAGUUCCGGAAGAUGUGCUGCGACGAGAAGGUGUGGAUCGUGUCAUCACCCUAGAGGAGCUGCAGAAGAUCACCUCCUCGAAUCCCAAAGCUGGCACGACACCCAAUUGCCCUUUUGAUUGUGACUGCUGCUUUUAG